GGUCAAGCGGGUUUUAUGGCAGCGGCACCAAAAGUGGCAGCCGUGCGCUAUCCGUCGGCAAAAACGAGACAGCCCGAGGCAACGUUCGUUCGUCCCGUUCUCGCCCGAACGAUCGCAGUGUGGCCGCUCGGUACCGCACAGCGCUGGUGUGUGUGUACAGCGGGAGCGCCAGUCAGUUGUUCUCGGAAUUUGUUGUGCGAAGGCAAGAGGAGCGCACAAUUAACGUACAGGCAGCGUAGCACAGGCAACAUUGCCGGAAUCGACGGGAAUAAGCCUACAACUCGUUCCAAAACAGACACGAUGAGUGAACAAUUCACGCUCGACCACGAGCGGGCCGCCAUGGCCACAGAGAUGUUUCUGCAUUUCUGUGCCGCCACCACAAUGAAGCAGAUCCGGGGCCUGUACUGGAACAUGCUAGACACGAUCGGGCUGCGGCCCGGACCGUUGGAAGAAUUCUACCCCAAGAUGAAGGCGGCCAUCCGGGAUUGGCGGGCGCAGGCACUGUUCAAGAAGUUUGAUGCCCGCGCCGCCCACAAGGUAUACUGUAAAGGCCGAGCGGCGAGCAAAACGCGCGUCCUGAUCGUCGGUGCCGGCCCGUGCGGUUUGCGCACCGCCAUCGAUGCCCAGCUUCUCGGUGCCAAAGUGGUGGUGGUGGAAAAGCGCGACAGAAUCAGCCGCAACAACGUGCUGCACCUGUGGCCGUUCAUCAUACACGACCUGAAGGCGCUCGGGGCGAAAAAGUUCUACGGCAAGUUCUGUGCCGGCUCGAUCGACCACAUCUCGAUCCGGCAGCUGCAGUGCAUCCUGCUGAAGGUCGCCCUGCUGCUCGGCGUCGAGAUGCACGAGGGCGUCUCGUUCGUGAAGGAGAUCGAGCCGGGCGACGGGUACGGGUGGCGGGCGUCCGUCUCGCCGGAGGACCACGCGGUGUCGCACUACGAGUUCGACGUGCUGAUCGGCGCGGACGGCAAGCGCAACACGCUCGAGGGCUUCCAGCGCAAGGAGUUCCGGGGCAAGCUGGCGAUCGCGAUCACGGCCAACUUCAUCAACAAGCGCACCGAGGCGGAAGCGAUGGUGGAGGAGAUCAGUGGCGUCGCGUUCAUCUUCGACCAGCCGUUCUUCAAGGCGCUGUACGAGAAGACGGGCUGCGAUCUGGAGAACAUCGUCUACUACAAGGACGACACGCACUACUUCGUGAUGACGGCGAAGAAGCACAGCCUGCUGCACCGGGGCGUCAUCAUCAAGGAUCUGAGCGACCCGGCCGAGCUGCUCGCCCCGUCCAACGUGGACAAGCCGAAGCUGUACGAGUAUGCGCGCGAUGCGGCCAACUUCGCGACCAAGUACCAGAUGCCGAACCUGGAGUUUGCGGUCAACCAUUACGGUACGCCGGACGUGGCCGUGUUCGACUUUACGUCCAUCUUUGCCGCGCACAACUCGUGCAAGGUGACGGUGCGCAAGAACUACCGGCUGCUGUCCUGUCUGGUCGGCGACAGCCUGCUGGAACCGUUCUGGCCGACCGGGUCGGGGUGCGCGCGCGGCUUCCUGUCCAGCAUGGACGCGGCGUACGCGAUCAAGCUGUUCGCGAACCCGAAGAACAGCCUGCUGGCGACGAUCGCGCAGCGCGAAUCGGUGUACCGGCUGCUCGGGCAGACGACGCCGGAAAAUCUGAACCGCGCGUUCGGCGCGUACACGCUCGACCCCUCGACGCGCUACAAAAACCUCAACAAAGCGUCCGUCCAGAUCGGGCAGGUCAAGCAUCUGCUCGACACGGACGAUCCGGCCCUGCUGGAGCAGACGUUCUUCGACACGAACGCGAUCGCGUCGGCGGUGUCGCCCGCGACCGAGCUGCCGGCGAAGCGCAAGCGGCGCACGGUCGACGUGGUGCCGCUCGGCGCCACGCUGCUGCGCUGGCUGAAGGCGCAUCUCAAGGACAGCGGGUUCGUGCAGGAGCUGGCCGAGCCGGCCGAGUGCUUCACCAACGGCAAGGUGCUCUGCACGCUCAUCCACCGCUACCGGCCCGAUCUGGUCAACCUGGAGGAGCUGGCCGACUUCAGUGCGGACGUGUGCAACGAGCACGCGUUCAACAUCUUCGAAACCCAGCUGGGCAUACCGCGCGUCAUGUCCGGCCAGGAAUCGGUCACGCUGGCCGGCGUCGAGCCGAAGGUGUGGCUCAACUAUCUCGAGCAGGUGUGCGACGUGUUCCGGGGCGAGGUGCCGCACGUCAAGCACAUCAAGCUCGACUACGCCGAGUUCAAGCAGAAGCAGGAAACGAACGUGGAGGCCUGGUCGAAGCUGGGCCGCAUGGCGGCCGUCCAGCGGAUGGCGGCGCUCGCGAGCGGCGUCCACCCGGCCGACAAGGACGGCGAGCUGCUGCACCGCGGGACCAAGGGCGACUGCAUCGUGCCGGUCGCGACCGCGUCCGGCCCGUACGGCGGUGGGGCUAAUGCCGGUGCCGCCGCCGCCCGCCCCAACGCCAAGAACUACUACCACCCGAACGCGGAGGAGGAGCGGUACAAGCGGGGUGUGGGUGGGGUCGCAUCGCCGCAGAACGUAACGAUGCGGCGCAUGCGCAAGCGGCGCAGCAACGAAAAGUCCGGCAAUAUCGAGGAGCGCACCCGCCGUUUGCAGGAGAUCGAGGCGAACCGGCAGGACCGCCAGUCGAAGCGGCGAGAGCAGCGGGCCCAGCAAACGCAAAACUUCUACAAGAGCAUCCACAUGCUGCAGGCGAACACGCUGCUGCGCGAGAGCGACAAUGCUGGCGCGUUCGAGGACUACUCGCUCUACCUGUACCGCCAGUCAGCGCCGGUGUUUACGGAUCGUGUCCGCGAGCUCGAGCAGAAGCUGCGCUACCCCGACCGUGAUCGGGGUCUAGCGGCAGCGUAUCCGCGCGGGCUGGCCGACGCCAGCGCCGAUCAGUUCAGCGAUCGCGUCCGCUCGAUGGAGCAGCGCAUCGACGGCAGGACGGUGCCGGUGGUGGAGAAAAAGCCGAAGGAUCUGCUGCGCGCGAUCGGCAAGAUCGACAGCAGCGACUGGAACGUGAAGGAGAUCGAGCGCAAGAUCGAGCAGUCAAAGAAGACGACCGACAUCGGCAAGAGCCGCGAGCGGGUGCCGAACUGGAACCGGGAGCAGUUCCUGGCGCGCCAGAACCGGCUGAUGCAGCCGCAGGACGACGAGAAGUAUCGCGAGAUCGACAGCUCGCUGAAGGCGAUCGACAAGCAGCUGAAGGAGGGCCACAAUCUCGACCUGGGCGAGCGGGGCAAGAACAAGGUCGCGCUGAUUGCGGGACAGCUGCAGACGCCCAACAAGCCGGGCAAGCAGCAGCAGCAGCAGCAGCAGCAGCAGCAACAGCAGGCACCAAAAUCGAACCAGAAGGCGCUGGUGCUGACUGCGAGCGGCGUGGCGGAAAAGUGUCACUUCUGCAAGCAGCGCGUCUACCUGAUGGAGAAGAUCUCCGCCGAAGGGUUGACGCUGCACCGGUCCUGCCUGAAGUGUCACCACUGCCACACGAUCCUGCGCCUCGGCGCGUACGCGUUCGACCGGGACGACCCGGAGGGCCGGUUCUACUGCACGCCCCACUUCAAGCUGCCCGCCAAAACGCUCAAACCGGCGGCGGGCAAAGCGAAGGGGCGGGCUGGGGCGGCGGCAGCCGCUGUCGCACCCGUCAUUGGCCGCAUGUACGAUGCGAGCGAUGCGGGCGGUGGCGGCGGCGGCGUAAUGGUACGGUGCGGCCCGAUCGGUACUGCCGGCGGGUCCGCGGGCGAGACGGGCGGCGUCGGUGCGUCCACGGUCGACUAUCUGGCGCGCAACCGGACGCCCGACAACGACGACUCGGACGGCGACCCGAACAUGGAGGUGAUCGACGAGAACGAGUGGACGGACCGGAACUUCGGCACCGAGUCGGAGGUGUCCGAGGCCGAGCUGUCCAGCACGGACGAGUCGGACACGGACAGCGAGUCGGACUACGAGGAGACGGCGGACUCGCCGCUCGGCGCCCAGACGCUGCAGCUUGCGUCCGAGUGGAUCAGCGACAAGCGCUUCUCGAACCUGGUCGACAGCGAUGCCGACUUCUACAGCUAUUCGAGCGAAGAUGACGAUGCGGACUCCCAGACCGAAGGGGAAGAGCUGGCGCGGGCGCGCGAGAUGCGCCGCCAGGAGGUGAAGCUGAUGCCACCGCCCACCCUGCCGACCGAUACGGAAACGGAGAAGUGUCAGGUCGUCACCGUGCAGCAGGCAACCGUGGGCAAGGCUGCUCCCGCCCCGACCGGACCGGUGGAAAGUGCCGAGGAUCGUGCCAUCAAGGAGCGCAUGCUGCAGAAGCUGAGCGUGCGGGAGCAGUGGCUGCACGCGCAGCAGGGUGGUGCCGACCAGGCGCUGGCGCAGCCGCAGCAACCGACCGGCCAGCAGACCGGUGCAGCAGCCGGUGGUAGCGCGCCCGAUUCGGCAAAAGUCAAAAGUACCUCCUUUUUCGGCGGCCUCAUGAACAGCCUAACCACACUUAUCAAACCGAAAUCACAAAUCUCACCACCAACAGCAAGCACCACCACAACACCAUCCCCACCACCACAACAACAACAACAACAACACCAGCAGGCGCCAUCACCACAGAAUUCGCCUCCAUUACGCUCGUCAUCCGCUUCCAUACCGAUGCAACAGCCCGUCGGCACUAAUACAGCCUCACCGCAGCAGUCACCGCAGCAGUCACCGCAGCUUGCCCGCUCAGCCCCCGCUGUUCCACCGUCUCCGCUGGCGGUGGUAAAGAGUCAGACCGCCGCGGCGAUGCCGCCAGCCUCGCCGACCCCGUCGCACAAGAAGCUGGCCGGCCGCAGGCACAGCAAACCGGACGGCGGUUCGCCCCACAGCCAGCGGUCCACCGGCAACAGCCGCCGGUCGAGCCUGGCCCGGGAGGCGGCGGGCGACCCCGAGCCGGACGAGUUUCUCGCCCAGCUGAAGCAGGAGCAGCUCGAGGCGGAAAAGCGCUCCAAGCGGCAGGAGGCGAAAAAGUUCAAGAGCAACAUGCAGUCGAUCCGGUCCGCGGUGGACGGCGGUCCAAAGGUGGUCGGCGUCAAGAGCGAGCAGGACGUGGCCAAGUUCUUCGCGGAGAAGCAGAAGGCACAGCAGCAGCAGCCACGCAAGCAGCUCCCGAACAAGGACGUUGCCGCACUGCAGCAGGGCAACGGGCUGGCCCGGUACUUCCCGGGCGGUGCCGGCAAGUCCACCGGCACCACGCCGUCGUCCGUCUCGAGCGUGGAAGGUUCGCCGGCCCUCGGGCGCAAGAAGCCGAGCGACGUCGAUCUGGCCAAAUACUUUGGCGCAAAGGCGAGCAACGCCCCGGCGGCGACGCCACCGUCCUCGGCCGUCGUGUCGCCGGCCAUCUCGCGCAAGAGCAGCAUCGAAUCGCCCGGCCCGGUGCGGAAGCUGGCGCUCGGUGGGGGGGGCGUGCUGCCCCCGAAGCCGCCGGUCGUGCCACUGCCGCCGAGGAAGAACAUACUCGCCUUCCAGCCGAUACGCAAGUCGAAAACGGAGGCGGCCCUGCCGGCGUCCCAGCCGCGGGUGACGAACGGUGCCGCUGUGAAGCCACCGAAGCCGACCGAAUCGCCCGCGGUACGCCGCAAGGAGGAGCCGGCUCCGAAGCAGCAGGAGCAACCGAUCGAUCCGGACGAGCAGCUGUUCGAGGCGCUGCUGCAGGACGUCAACGACGAGCUGGUCGACACGUUCGAGGCGAUCGUGGAGGAGUCGCGGUCGAACAAAUCGAGCCCGAAGCAGACGCGCAAAAACGGCAAAGCGGCCACGGGCCCCGCGGCCCGCAAAGAGUCGCCCAAGAAGGCGAAGAAACCGGCGUCCGGUGGAGGUGCGGCGAAGGAGACAAAGCCGGCUGCGCCGCAGCAGACCGUGCCGAAGCUGACCAUCAAGCGGCCCGCGUUUAAGAUAGCGAUGCCGGUGAAGAUGCAGGAGACGCUCGAGGAGAUCUAUCUCGCCAGCCUGUCCAAGCUGGACACGCGCUCGUCCUCGCUGAUCGAUCUGACCAACCACGGUGCGGAGGAGACGGUGGAAGCAGCGGUGACAGCGAGCGGCAAGCAGGCAGUAGCAGCAGCAGCAGCAGCAGCGCCCACCGCCCUAGGUAAAGUGGUGGAGGAGGAGCCGCAGGGAGACGGGGAGCGAAGGUCGAGCUCGGGGGGUUCGAGCACCUUUCGUUCCGGCGCCUCCCAGCCCAGCACCGAUGUACUUACUUUGCAGCCCUUUCAGGACCCCCAGCAGAAGAAGCGGAAGCCGCAGCAGCAACAGCCGCCGAAAGCGGCGCCCGAGAAAGGCUCGGUGGUGGCGCCUGCCGCGCAACCACCACCACCAUCCGCGAAGGCAGCGACGGCGAAGACGAGCGAGACAACAUCGCCGGCAGUGAAGCUGGUGCCUGGAGCGGCGAGAGCGGGCGCAGCAGCGCCCAGUCGGAAGGCUGGCAGCCCGGCGAGCUCAGCAGCAGCAGCAGCAGCAGUAACGACAGCAACUCCAGCACCUCCUCCUUCUGGCACGCCGACCGCAUCGAGGAAGGUGAUUUCUAGCGUGCAGAUCUCGCUGAAACCGUCCGCCGAGCCGCCCGAACGUCCGAGCAAGCCGGCCGCGCCGAAGUCGGCGUUCGCCGCCGUCUCGAAGGAUCCGCUGUCGCAAAAGUCCAUCUCCAUGCUCGAGCUGCACCGUGCGCCGACGGUGGAGGAGAAGCAGCAGAGGGUGCGGCAGGAGGAGACGAAGAAGCAGGUGGUGUGCAAUGGGCUUGCGACGCCCCCGACCAAGCGCAAGCAGCAGCAGCAGAGUAAGAAGCAGCAAGAAGUCGCGUCGCCCGAGCAGAAACAACCCGAAAAGAAGGAUGGCAAUAAGCCCACGAAACCAGAGGUGCAGGUGGAGGCGGCGUCGCCACUGCCAGCACAAGCCAACAGUGUCGUUCAACCGAGCCCGACGCCGCCUCACACCCGCUGCCGUACGCUUUCCUCCGACGAGCAGUGCUUCGAGGAGCUGCGCAAAAAGCACGAAGCCAUUUUCGCCAACCAGCAGCAGCAGCAACAGCAGCAGCAGCAACCAAUCACCAAAGCACAGCCAGAGCGAGCGCCCGAACCGCCGAAAACGCUCUCGGACGUGCGCAGCGCGCUGCUCACGGUGCAGCCCGCUGCGCCCGAGCCAGACGAUCGCAUCGAUCCGCACUAUCGCGAGGGCAUCAACCAGCUCGUGAUGGAGCUGAUGCCGGGAGUCGCCCUCGACGAGGACGUGCCGGUGCCGCGCCAGCGCCAGAAGUCCUCCUUCCACAAGGAGCUGCAGAAGCUGCAGCGGGCCAACGCCCAGGUGGUUGCGGCUGGUCCUUCGACCACGACGGAGCCCAAGAUGGAGGUGAUCCGAACGCCGAGCGUUAAGUCGAGCCAGGCGGAGAAGCGGCAGGGCAGCGAGGAGAAGAUGCAAAUUCGGCUCGAGCGCUCGACCCAAAUCAAGGAGCAGUACGUGAAGAAGGGCAGCGCGGUGCUGCCGUCCUCGGUGGCCGGUGCCGCUGGGCAGAGCGCUUCCUCGGCGGCGAAGGGCAAAUCCUUCGUCAUGCCGAACGUGCCGGCGGACAUUGAUCGCCAUCGGGGCAUACUGAGCCGCGAUGCGGAGAUGAAGGUGAAGGAGGUUGCUAGCAAGCGGACAGAGGUGGACGAGUUUGAGGAUCUGCUGGAGAAGAUAGGAGACGAUGUGACGGCGACCGGAGAUAUCGAUCUGGACGAACUGUUGGCAGAGGAGGAGAAGCCGAAACCGCCGAAGGCGCCGACAGUGGAGAAGAGGACGGUUGAAAAGAAGGUGGACAACCUGCCGGUAGGUAAUAAGCAGGGUCCGACGAAACAGGAACCAUCUGGUCCGUCUUACAGCAACAGUAAGCGUAGCGUAGAGUCGACCACCAGCGUCUCCACAGCGACGAGCAGCUCAGGCUCCACCAAAACCACCGCCAGCCGAGGCAUAUCGGAGGCCAAGCUCAACGAAACCAUCUCCCAGCUCACCGACAAAUUGCAGCAAUCGCGCGUCAAGGCUGGCAAAGAGCAGGACCACUCGAAGGAUGCGUUUGCGGCCCUGUUCAGCGCGACCGACGCCUCCCAGACCGAGCUGGACCUGUUCGAGGAGCUGUGCAAGCGGGAAGAGCCCGAGCCGAAACAGAACCGGUCCGAUCUGGUCGACAGCUCGACGAACGCCAAACCUGCCGCCGUCAUGCCGGACGUGAUCAGCUCGACCAAGAAGCCCGAACCGAAGCCGCUGCAGAUCCUCGACCACAUGGAAUCGCUCAAGAAGACGGCGGCGAUGCCGCUGGUGCCACCGCCGCAGACGAUCCAGGUGUACACGCUGCACACGAGCGCGGACGGGGAGCAGCCGGUGCAGCCGCAACCGUCCACCCAGGGCAUGUCGGGCGACUACGCCCACAUCCUCAAGGACAUCACGUCCGGGCUGGUCGGGGCCGACUUUGCCGCGCCGGUCGUGUACGAGCCGCCGGCACCGGCACGCCGCGACCGCACCGACUUCCAGGCCUACAAGCAGCUGCUGGAGGAGAAGGCAUCGCGCGAGGAACCGAUACCGGUGCCGCCCGCCGGUCCGCCGGAGUCGCAGCCCCAGCGCCCGCUCCGGCGGCAGAAGAAGAUCGACCGCACCGAGACGAGCACCUCGCCCAUCCCGACGGCCGCCCGGGCUGCAGGUCGGGCCGCGUUCGACAACUCGCUCUGCAUCGAUCCGUGGCGGGCGCGCAAAUCCGCCAGCAUCGAGAACGUGGCGAUCGAGCAGGUGUUUGUGAAGCAGAACGAUGCGGUCGUGGACACGUUCUUCGUCGUGCCGGACAGCCGGCAGCGCCAGCCGAGCGCCUCGUCCAAGCUGCGGCGCUCCAAGUCGUACGACCGGCUGGCGGUGCCCGGCAGCGGCCAGCGCAGGGGCUCGCUCAAGCAGAAGCAAUCGCUGGACGAGCUGCGCGACUUCGGGUACGAUGUGGAGCCGUCGGUGCGGUCGCGCCACCUGGUCGAUCCGCGCCUGCGCCACCUCGAGCUCGAGCUCGGCUCGGACGAGGAGCUGGCGAAUCUGCGCGACCAUCCGGCCCGCCGCUGGCAGACCGACCGGGCGAACAAGUCCCGCAAGAACCGCUCACUCACGGACGUGGCGAGGGGAGGAGCGAAGGAGGGGCGCGCGGUGGAGCCCCCGAAGGUGGACAUUGAUCGCGAGUCGCCCCGGCCGCGCACGACCGACUUCUCCAAGUGGGAGGCAAUACUGGACCGGGGCGUCACCUACUACGAGGGGGGCGCGAAGCCGAAGCCGGACGUGAAGGCGCUGGAGAAGCGCAUCGAGGAUCUGGAGGUGCGGCGGGCCCGGCCCCUGCGCCGCAAGGCCAUCCCGAAGGGCUACGAUCCGGACGAGUACGUGCCGCGCAUCAAUCGGCGCGGGGCGGACCUGUACGACUAUCCCGAUCCGACGCUGCCGCGUGACUACGACCCGGAGGAGUACAUCCCGAGGGCGACCCGCGCGGCCCAUGCGGGGGUAGCGUCGCCGCCCGACCAGCCGCUGCCCCGUUCGUACGACCCGGACGAGUACGUCCCGAGAGCGAACCGGCGGGAGGCCGCGUGCUACGAGGUGCCGGUCGCCGUGCAGCGUACCCCGGCCAAGUACUACAAGGAGCCGUACUACCCGGUGGAGGUGGAGAUGCCGCCGGCGACCUCCCACUACGGCACUACGGUGCCGCUGGGCCGCUCGAAAACGGCCGGCCACGUGCCGACGAUCACGUCCAGCUCGAGGGAGCUGCCGCGGGACAUCGCCCGCACGCAGUACGCGCGCCGGUACGAUGCCGAGGAUCGGCACAUCGUCGACCGCAGCCAUCGGCUGCACGAGAAGACGAACAAGUUCAUCCGCACGCAGCUGACGCGCAACGACCCGAACCCGUACAUACGCGAGAUGCUCGAGAAUGACAGCGAGGAGGAGUACUCGCACCACCAUCACCAUCACCAUCCGACGGCUAGCGGCGUCGGCGGCGGCGGCGGCUACCAUCAUCCGCGCUCGGCCGCACUAGGCUACGGGACUGCGGGCUCGUCGUACGGCAGCUCGGGCGCGGCCGCCAUGAGCCGCAUCCAGACGAAGGCCAUCACGCAACCGUCCCGGAUGCUGCAGUACGGUGGGCGCAAGGACUACCCGACCACUACUACUGCUGCCGGCUCCGUUGGUGGAGGUGGUCGGUCGGUCGCGUCCAGCAGCUACGACCAUCGGCGCCGUGGAGCAGGCGAUACGUCGCGCACGCGCGACAACUGCAACAUUUCAGCACAGACCCCUGGUGCUUCCAACUCGGAGGUAAACUCGACGGAAAUAUCGACCGACUCGGAGUUUGACGACGAGCAGCCGCAGCGGGUGCCGCCGUCGUUCCACCUGGAGUUUAAGCCGCUGGUCGAGGUCGACCCGACGAUCAAGCUCGUGCAGAACCGGGCGCCGCUGGCCGUGCCGCGGCCGGGCGACUACGUCCUGAGCAAGACGGCCAGCACCGAGGGCAUCGCGUCCAAGAAGAGCCUCGAGCUGAAGAAGAAGUACCUGCUCGGCGAGGGCACGACCGGGCUGGGCAUCCUCAAGUCCGGUUCGGCCUCGGCGCUCGACUCCAAGUUUAAAACGUUCCACUCGAACAUUACCGAGUGCCAGAAGCUGCUCAACCCGGCGGCGGCGGUACAGGUCAGUCCGACGCUGCAACCGUUCCUGAAGGCGAGUGCGCCGGCGGUGCCGGUGCCAGCAGCGCCGGUAGCGCCCGGCCCAACCGAGUCGGCCAACGACACGGAGAAGGAGAACGUGUACGAGGGCAAGCGGUCAGGCAACGGGCAACCGAACGUGGUGGGAAGCGUGGUGGCCGGCGCUGCCAACAAGCGCUCCUCGCUGGUGGAAACGAUCAACACCACGCUGGUGGAGAACAAGCUGAACGAGAUCAAGUCGAGCGAGUGCUUCCCGGCCCUGCCGCCCAAGGAGGAGCCGCCGGAGCAGCCGCCGGUGACGUCACCGUCCCAGAACGGGUCGCCGGCAAAGCCGAGCGAGAGCAAUGGCCACCUGGACCAUGCUGCCAAGCUGAAAAACAGCAUCAACAACAACAACCACAGCAGCAACGGCACACAGAACAACAACAACAACCACCACCACCACACACCCGUCAACAACAAGGCCAACAACCACAACAACAACAACAACAAUAACAACAAUGGCGAAGAGGAGGAGGAGGAGGAGGUGGAGGUGAUCGAAAUUAUCGACAUAGUGACGCCGGAAAAGGGGAAGGCGACGACGGCGUCCCCGACCCAUCGGGAGGUGGCAUCCUCCGGGGCGACCCACGAGCCGGUCGCAGGCCCGGAGCGGAAGUACAUCGGUGCGCUGAAGCACGCGUACAUCGACCUGACGACCGAUUCGCCCAACUGUGACCGGUCGCUGGUGGAAACGACGCUCGAUUUCAGCAUCGCGCCCUCGAAGCUGGCUGGUGCAAUCGUACCCGAGCGCCCAACCAACUCCACUGCCGUGCCGGACGCGGCGUCGGGCAACGCACGGAACGACAGCAACGACAACAAGAUCGAGCAGACGGCGAACGGCAGCUCCGCGGAGCAACAGGCCCCGAAAGAGCAGCAGAGAGCGGUGGAGGAGGAAAGGGAGCAGGAGGAGGGAUGCCACGAGACGACGCUGCAGGUGCCGCUGGACGUGCCCUGGACCAAGCAGGAGGAGAUCGAGUCGGACAGCAUCUCCGAGUCGGGCUCGAACAGUAGCGGCAUCAGCAGUUCGAGCAGUUCGAGCAGCAGCACGAGCAGCAGUACGUCGAGCGUGGAGGACAUACCGCACUUCAUACUCGACUCGACCACCAGCCCGGAGACGCAGCACGGGGACGAGCGGUUCGUGCCGCGGCUCGAGGUGCGCGACGCAACCGGCGAGCUGAUGCAGAUCGACAGCCUGAUGAUCAUCGACGGCCGGUACAUAGGCGAUCCGGAGGAUCUGAAGCUGAUGGAGCGGCUGCCGCCCGACACGCAGAUAGCGGCCCAGCUGCUGCAGGCCGAGAUGAACCAGGACAGCAUCAGCACGGUGGUGGAGAGUGCACCGGAGCACCCGCUGCAGGAGGAACGCAAGCCAUCCGCCGACGAGCAGGUAGUACCAGCUGAAGAGCAGGAGGAGGAGGAGGAGGAAGAGGAGCGUGCUAGCACACCGACACCGCCUGCCAAGCCGGAGGAGCCUGUGGCGGAGGUUCACGCCGCCGCCACCACCACCACGGCGCCGUCUCUCUCCAACUUUGUCUCGCAGCGGACCGGCGGCUUCCGGUUCGAUUCGCUGCACGAGCACAAGCUCGACACGCUCAAGAACCUGCCGUUCGUGCUGGAGGCGCAGCGCAGCACCGUGCCGUCGAAGCCGACCCAUCUCAGCCUGGGGGAGCCCCGGCCGCCCGAGAGCGAAACGGACGCGGAGCAGACGCCGAUGGCGGGCGAAAUGCUGCCGCCGCUGGUGGCCGUCGCCGCCGCCACGCAGGACCCGGACUCGGACUCGCCGGACGACACGGAGGUGACGACGCAGAACAACCUCACCGAGACGGAGCUGUCCGACUGGGCGGCCGACGACGCCGUCUCGGAGAACUUUGUCGAUCUGGAGUUUGGGCUCGGGGCGGGCAGGGGCGCUACGGUGCGCCGCAACCAAAAGCCGAAGCAUCUGCGGCUGCCGGCCAAGCGCGACGGCGGGGCGAACGCAAGGGGGGCGGUACUUCCACUGGCCGCCACUGCUCCGCUCGCGACCGAGGACGGCAUCAUACGGAAUCUGGCGCUGGAGGACAUCGAGUUCAUGGACACCGGCUCGGAGGAGGAAAGCUGCAUCGAGACGUACUCCACCACCAACCGGAUGGUGGUGAAGAACCGCGGCUAUAUGGAGAUAAUGGACCCGGCGGUGGCGGCCCAGCGGACGGUGUACCAUCCGCCGCCGCCGGUGUACGGGUCCGCGGCACCGCUGGUCGAGGCGAUCAACAGCCAGGUGGCGGGCCGGCAGCUCGACUACAUCGAGCAGGGCGCGUACCUGCUCGCGACGGACGACGCCAAGACGCCGAUGAACGAGGAGCCGCCCGGGAAGGGCACGUUCCCGGGGGCCUGCCCCGGGCUGCGGCUGGACGCCGACAUCGAGGAGGACAGCCUGCUGCUGGUCAGCUCGUCGCAGGGCACGGGCACGGCCACGGACAGCACGUACGGGGACAGCGACGCCACCACGAUCGUGGGGCCGGCGCACUUGGAAGCCAGCGGCCGCCCCCUCGCCGGUGGUGGUGCGGCCGUCGCAAGCCCGAAACCGUCGGCCGGCAGCAGUGGCCGGGGCAGUGCCGGCGAUGUAGAGGAGGAGGACCAGCAGGAGGAGCAGGGGGACGGUCCGGCCCGGAAGAUCUCGGUCGAGUCGCUGUCCGGCAAGCGGAGCAGCCUGGAGCGGAAGGACGUGCGGCGCGACUCGCUCAAAAGCAUCGAGGACAUCGGGUACGAGAAGUACGUGAAGCGGCUGCAGCAGAAGAUCCAGCAGAUCAGCAAAGCGCGCGACUCGCUCGAGGUGAUGAAGAGCGCGAAGCGCAAAUCGCCCAAGGCUGACGGGUCGACGGUGGUGCUGCCCCUGCCCGAGGCGGUGCCGCCCGCAACAGCGGAGAGUGUGCCCGGGGCGUCACCGAAGGCAGACCAUCCGCAGCAGCAGUCGCCACAAUCGCCACAAUCGCCACAAUCGCCGGCACCAGCCGGCACGCCCGAGCCGCCCAAGAGCGUGGAGAAGAAAAUCGAGGAGAUCGCGAAGGAGCGCGUGAAGCAGAAGGAUCUCAUACACGAUCUAGUCAUGGACAAGCUGCAGACGAAGAAGCAGCUGAACGCGGAAAAGCGCCUCAACCGCAGCCGCAACCGGAGCAACGCGCUCGGCGGGCAGCAGUCCGCCGGUGUCGCCGACGUGCCGCCCGCGGUGGACGGCCCGUCGCCUGCCCGGGCAGCCGGCCACCCGUUGAACGGUGGGCCGGCCGCACCGGUCACGCCCGUAACGCUCGUAACGCCCCGUGCCGGUGGCGAGGCGGGCCCCACGACGGGCCAGCUGCGCGAGGAGGCCCGCUCCCGGGCACGCCUGAAAUCUAACCAAGAUUUGGGACUGUCGCCCGAGGACCAGGUGCUGCUGCUGCGCAAAAAGUAUCACCUCACGAUGCGCGCCCUCACCAACACCACCACCACCACCGACGACGAUGACGACGCGAACAACCGGGCCGAGCCGAACAAAUCCGACGACGCCAAGUGCAAGGAUCAGCAGCAGCAGCAGCAGCAGCACCAUCGCACGAAGCUCAUCACCUCGAAAAGCGUCAACGAUGUGUCGAUGCUGAAGCAGCAGCAACAGCACCACCACCACCAUCACCAUUACAACCAGGCGGCCCUUGCGCACCACCACCAUCAUCACCUGCACCACCAGCACAGCCAGCAGCCGAGCUAUCGGAUCACGAGCACCGGGCUGGGUGCGGCGACCGGCGAACUGGCCGACCCGCCGCCGCUGCCCCACAAGCUCACCGACUACAUCUCCGACCCGAACCUGGUGCACAGCGGGGCGACCGAGCCGGACAGCGAGGUGCGGGUGCGGGGCGCCGCCACCAAGCGCGGCAAGGACCGGGAGCGCCGCAAAAGCAUCAUCGAGAAGGUGUCGGAGUUUUUCAAUGGGCGCAAAAAACCGACGGCGCCGGACGGCGCUGGUGGCAGCAAGGAGGCGUCCCCGACCAAGGACCGGCCCCCGAGCAAUCUGCUCGCGGUCAACGGCCAGCCGGAACCGGUGAACGGGGGCGGCAGCACCAGCCCCUCGUCCGGCGGGGGCUUUUUGCGGUUCAAAAUUUCCCCCAAGCUGAAGGACAAAUCCAAGUCAUGCUUUGAUAUGAGAAGCAUUAGUUGUGGUACGAAGGAAAGCUCUCCCUACGGUGCCCGGUGUGCCUCCGACGACUGCCUUAACACGAACGGAGCGGCGGCGACGGGUUCGCCCACCACCACAACGCCCGAUGCUGCCGGCCCGAACCAUCAUCACCACAACAGCUACACGCCGAUCGGGCGCAAGGAGGCGGAAGAGCUGGAACCACCGCCCAUCCCUCCGCUGCCCCUCAACUACGAGCGUUCGGACGACGAAGCAGCAGGUGCGGCCAACGAAUCGAAAAACGAAAUCAAGAAAAUACGUGCAAUGUCGAAAACAUCGAGGCAAGCGGAAUUGAAAAGACUGAGAAUUGCUCAAGAGAUACAACGAGAACAGGCCGAGAUAGACGUCAAGAUCAAGGAUCUGGAGACGCGCGGCGUCGCGAUCGAGAAGGAGCUGCGGGGCGAAAGUGAGGCGCUGCGGCAGCACGGGCCCGCCGCCAAUCUCGGCGCGAACGACGAGGGGCUGGUGAAGGAGUGGCUGGAAAUCAUGAGCAGCAUCACGCGGCUGAAGGUGCGGGACGACGAGCUGAGCAUACGACAGCAGGAGCUGCAGCUCGAGCAUCGGCACGCCCAGCUAAAGGAGGAGCUCAACAUGCGGUUGUCAUACGGCAAGCUAGAUAAGAACUCUUCCGACGUGGCGGCCGAGGGCGCGAUACUGAACGAGAUGCUCGAGAUCGUGGCGAAGCGGCAGUCGCUCAGACCGUCGCCCGACACCAAGGCGACGGCGGCGGCGGUCGCCGCCGUUGCGGCCGGUGCCGCCAGCAGCCCCUUCACCAACCCGACCGGCCGGAAGCCGACCGAUACCGACAUAUAAAUUACCAUCCAAACGGCGCACGGCACUGUGUGGGCGUGUAUUUGAACGGAACAACAGCGGGGAAAGAUUUCGGUUCGAAUUGUUUGAACGGGGGUUUCUUCGUGCGACCGGCAAACCCCUUUGAAAAGCACACAAAUGCUGCGAUCAUCAUUUUGUACGCCGCCCACCCCCUACAACAGUGCAUCAUCAUCCUCUCCUGCCAACGAUUUUCUGGUGCUUUCGGUGCACGAGAUGCGGCGUUUUUGUUUUACGUUACACCGGCGCGCAAGUCAAGCUUCUUAUACAUAUAUUAACAUAUAUAUAUAUAUAUUUUUUGUGUACAUUUGUAAACUUAUUAAUGCAUUAUACGUUAAGGCGGAGAAUGGCGGAGAGAUAGGAGAUAGCAGCGCGCAAAAGGAAGCCUAGCAGACGACGAAGAAAAAAAAGCAAGCUGAAGCAAAAAUAGUGUCCAAGAGUCGUGCAGACGAAAAAGGGGAAAGGUGUGUUGCUGUGAUGAGACAGGAGGAAGGAACAAAAAACAAAAGAAAAAAACGCAUAUAUAUAUAGGGCAAUAGUAUACAGGAAACAGAAACAGAAAUGCAAAACAAAUCACUCGCAAGCGAUAGGAGUGGAUAGGGAUGACAGGGGGGAUGCCGCGCAAUUACACUUACAGGGUUUUCUAGGUGUUCUCAUAGCUGUAGGACACUUUUUUUACUCUUUCUAACGUAAAAAAUGAAUUUAAUGUACAUGAAUUUAAUAUAAUGAGAAUUGGACUCUAUAGCACCCUCGUUAGACAAGUCCAAUAGGAAUGUUCAAGCAGCCUGUCCAAUUUCAAACAUAUGAAGUUCACUUCCAAUAAGAAAGAAUCAAGGAAGUAUCCGACAGCUAUAAGACCGCCUGGAAACCCCUGUAUUGUGUAUGCGUGUGUGUGUGUGUUUGCGAGAGACAGUAGUAGCCGUGUGUAGUGUUCAGGGUUUGUUUUUAGUGUUUCGUUUUGUUUUUAUCGGCUCUUCUGCUUUCUUAUAAGCUUGUGUUUUCGACUUUUGUUCGUUUUUAAAAGCCUGUUUUUUAUUGCUGAAUUUACAGUACACUUCAAACAUUUGCAAUGUGCAGUUGGCCAAGGUUAGACUGUUUCUUUUCGUUCUUUUUUUUUUUUGUUUUCGGCUGUUGCUAGCUAGUUCUUUGCCAGUUUUCAAGCGUGUCCCCAUGACGUCAUCAAGCUUUAUCUUUUUGAGUGUGUGCUACAGUGCAGUUUGCGGUUUGACUGACAGGCAGGCAGGCGUAUCAUGAACUAUUUAUUUAAACUGUAGAGUUAAAGUUUUUGUUUGUUUGUUUCGUUCGUUUUGUUCGAGAUUAUUGUUUGAGAAUAUACACAAACCCAAAAAUAAGAACUGUAGCGAGAAAUGGAUGGCCAACGUGAUGAGUGUAUGUGCGCGUGUGUCUGUGUGCUUGGUACUGUGAGAAAGAAAAUGUCUGUCAAUGUGCACUAAGCUACGACACAACUCGGAAGCACCAGUUCGUUCGGUUUUGAAAUGAAAAAAAAAUACAAUUCUUCAUCACGUGCAUUCAGUAUUACGAACACAAGCAAACACACACACACACACACCCAUACAUUGCACACGUCUCACGCCCCCUGAAAAACCCUUCCCCCUCGGCAAACGAAACAACUCAAUUAUGUUUGUGUAAAAACAUGAAACGACCUAAAAUACCCUAUAGAGAGAUAAAGAGAUAGAGAAAUAGAGAAAGGUGCUUCGCGAAAAAAAAAAAAAACAUUUCGGGAGAUUCAGGGUUUUCCAGGGGUUCUCAUAGCUGUGGGACACUUCCUUGACUCUUUCCUGUUGGAAGUGAACUUCAUAUGGUAAUUGGACUCUAUGGCACUCCCUUUGGACAGGCUCCUUGGAAAUUCCUAUUGGAUUUGUCCAACAAGGGUGCUAUAGAGUCCAAUUCCCAUUACAUUAAGUGCAUUUCACGUUAGAAAGAGUUCAUUAAGCGUCCCACCGCUAUGAGAACUCUUGGAAACCCCUAUAAUGACAGGGAAUACAGCUGUGUAUGUGUGUGUGUGUGUUGCGUAAUUUAAUAGCAUGUAAAAGAAGAAGAAGGAAAACAAGCCCAUCCAGUGAGCGAGCGAGGAAUGUUUUCUUUUACGGGAAAAUAUUUUUUUUAAAAAAAACAAAGGAAAGCUUCUUACUUUUCUCGCCUGCACGCGCGCUCAGUUCAUUCAAAAUGAAACACAAUGAGGAGAAACAAAUAGGCGCGCAGGCGGCGGCGGCGGCGGCGGCAAUAGAAAGCUGAGGCACAGUUGUGUCUGUAUAGGUGUGGUGUGUAAGGUGAAACUAAUUUAGUUUUAGUAAUGCAAUUGUGUAAAACCGCGCGAUAAAAAGGGGGCUCGGGAAGUUUUACACGCUUCCCAGGAGGGGGGGGGG